CCCUCUGAGCUGAAGUGUGGUGCAAGCAGGCAGGAAGUGCUCAGGGGAGCUGGGCCUCCUCUGCCCUUCAUCCUCCUCCCUGGCCAAGGGCUUUGAGGCAGGGAAAGGACCUUGGGAAGGGAAGGUGCUGCUGGGCAGGGGCUGAAAGAGCUGCUGGCUCAUGUUUCUCUGCUAGCCCACACAGUGCUUGGGCAGUACCUGCAUGUUUUGAAUACAAACACACUAUUUGUUCCUUGUUUGCUCAAACUGGCCUUACCAGCUUGUUGGACUGUAUCUUCAUGGAAGAUUUGUGCCCAAACCCACUAAUGUUUCAAAGGUAAUUAGUGGUGUAUUUCGAGGGGGUUGCAGCUAUGGGGAGAAGUGUGCCCAGCUCUGGAGCUGCGUGUUUGCAUGGAAACCUUUAACAUGCGGGAAGAAAGACGAGCAAUACUACAAGCUGCUAGGAGAGGUGGAUGUGUUGGGAAUUUCCUUUUCCUGCAGAACUAGGCAGCCUGUGGUUCCAGCCUUCCUUGUAACCUGCCAAGUCUUAACCAUCUCCUCUAGAGUGUGUGUUUGCAGGCACACAAACACACAGGUGCAUGUGUACAUCUUACUCUUUUAGAAACCUCUGACUGCUGGGUGAGUUCUGAUUUGCAGCUGAAAACCCAGGAUAGCAUAAGACCUUGUCUUUCUCAUCCUAGCACUCCUAAGAGCUGCCUUCUUCCUCCCCUAUUUUCCCCAUAAUGCUUCCUGCCAGCUUCCAACCUCAGAAUCAUUAUUUUGGAGAUUAGAGAGAAUAUGAAUGGAUUCUUUUUUCUUUAAAGUCUUAUCUGUUUUCUGAAAAUGGUUUUCUCUAAAGCUGCAAGCUAACUACACUGUGUCUGCUUGGUUCCUUUGCUCCUCAGUGGCAUCCUACAGACACAGAGAGCAGUUAGCUCUAGCCAGAACAUAAGAAUCGAGCUGAAAACAUAAAGUUAGUUCCUCUUUUGAAUUUAAACACAAGCUCUUGUUAACUUCUAGUCUGGAACUGGCAUCUAGUUCUAAACUGAAUGCCUUAAAAGAAGAUUGCUACUCACAAGGGAGAAUAGAAAAAUAGUCCUUACUCUCCUGGAUUCUGUCCCCGUUUCUUCAGGCAGGAGCAUCAUGCCCUCAGUUCUGCAGUAAGAACUCUCACUGGACACUACGUACAUCUCCUACUCUUAUGACUGCAUUGGUUAAACUGUUCUGCUUAGAGCCAGUUUACAACGUCCCCACAAUGCACAGGAGUAAACAAAAGGCCUAAAAAAUUAGCCAGGUUCAUUUUGCCAGAGCCUACUGAUUCUUCAUGUGACUUGAAACAAAUUGCUUCUGUCCUGCCUGCCCUUGCCUCUGGGUGCUUUGUGAAGUUGCAGUGUGUGACAGCGGUAUGAAAAGCUGUUAUGUCUGUAAAAAUGAUAGCUUGUGUCUCUACAAGAAAAAUAUUCUGUAAAUGCUAUGUAGUUUUUAUUAGUUAGAUGUAGAUAUUGGAAGCUAGAAGCAAACAGCGGUACGGAAAUAACUUCAGCAUAUGGAUAUAGUUCAUAUUAAAUUAGACAUUCACUAUGCAAACUCAUUUCUAGUCUCUUUUCUUCUCCUGGACUGUCUUUUGGACAAAAUUAGCUGUAGGACUUGGAGUUUCUUGACAAACUGAGUUUGGCUGAUCCUGCCAAAUUCUUGGCCAAGAUCAGUGGACCUCCCUCACUUGGCACUCAAAAGCACACAUGAUGCUUGCUGUUUGUUUCAGUUAUAAAUCUUCUUGGAUAUUCCUUUUAAUCUGGAAUUUUCCUCUGUGGAAUCAGCUAAAUUUCUCCACAAUGUCCUUCUCUGGCUUUAGUCUGUGCUACAUAAGCCCCUUCAUGCUAUUUCUUUUCCUGCUGAAAAAGGAAGACAGUUAGUCCUGAAUUUAAUUUUACUGGAAGCACAAGCAAAGGAGUGGUGCUCUUGCCUUUUGCUUGGACUCUGAAGUUAUUCCCUUCUCGGCAGAGGUUGCUGUGAAGUCAGCACAGUGUUUGUAGCUCUCAAAUGUGGGCCAAGCAAGAACUGUGAUGUAGCAGUGUUGCAGUGAAGCUCCCAGGACAGGUUGUGCAAGCCCAGCUUUUUGCAGCCUGUGUGCACUGAGCUGUGGGAUGAGACAGGAGGAGCCUGUCCCCCAUCUGCCUGUACUGGAUAUGAAAGAAUAGAAUGAUGCAAAUGUGAUCUUUUCUUCCUUGGUUCAGAACAAGGGCUGUGCAAAGGGGAGUCACACCCUCAGCCACUGCAUCAGCAAAUGUGACAGAAGCAGCUUUGCCAGCACCACAUUCAGGAGCUACAAUGAGCAAGGCAGAGUGAACUCUGCUCUCUGCCAUCGUGCACGGGGGGAUGCAAAGUACCAGGAAGAAUUGCUGGGGCCAAAUCCGGUGCAAUGGAAUUUGCUGUGGGGAAACCCGCUGAUGACACUGGAACCCGCCCGUGUGUGAAUUCCCGCGGCUCCUGCCACCCCUUUAUAAGCAGAUGGAGGUGAGGCAGGGCUGGCAGGAGCAGCAGGCAGCAGCCAGGCACUCGCUGGAGCACAGCUGUGUGUGGAGAGGGAAUGACUGGCUGCAGCAGCAAGAGCAUGGUCCUGGUUUCCCUGCUGGGGCUCCUGGCACUGCUCCUGUGGGGCACCUCGGAAGCACAAAGCAACCAGGAUUGCUGCCUGUCCUACACCAAAGUGCGUCUGCCUCGGUGGGCCCUGAAGGGUUACACUGAACAGCUCCCCAGUGAGGUCUGCGACAUCCCUGCCAUCAUUUUCCACACUGCCAGUGGGCGGAACGCCUGUGUAAAUCCUAAGGAAGGCUGGGUGAAGAAACAUCUCCGUUUCCUGAGCCACAAGCUCAGGAAGAUGUCAGCCUGACGCAGUGUCCAGCAAGGGCCUAAACACAGACAUGGCUGAAGAAGUGCUGGGUUGAGGCUCCUGGCUGAGGUGGUUUGUACACUGCUGUGUGCUCACUCACCUCCAACUCUGGCUUCUUUGGAACCCAUGAACUCUUGAGUUGAUUCAUAUUGCAUCACUGGUUUGCUUGAGUUAAGCAUGUUGUUAAAGUUUUUAUUUUUACUAAUAUGUGUAUGUUAGUGAUAGAACAUGAGUACUAUUUACUUUGAGCUGUUGUACAGAGUGUGAAUUUUAUUAAGUUUAUUGCAUGUUGGUUUUGUUUUCUUCAGCAUAUGUAAAGCAGGUUAUUUAUUCUGUUUAUUUUGUUAUUGUCUUGUGCCAAAAUGUUUCCUUUAACCAUUAUAAUACCUCUUGAACUAUUGUUAAAUAAAGUCUGUUUGCAGAAAAAAUUGGUAAUUGAAGAUUUAAAAAAAAUAAAUGUUAAAAUCAGCA